AUGGCACAGGCGAACUGCAAUUUGACUUAUUUAACGCAGUCGCAGGCUCAAGCGCUCGACGAGGACCUCAUGGGCCCCGAGCUGAUGGAGCUGGCGGGUCUCAGCGUCGCCCAGGCAGUGGCCGAGGCGAUUCCGCUUUCGCCCGCAGUCACGCGUCUCGCACGCGUGCUCGUUGUUGCUGGCCCCGGCAACAACGGCGGCGACGGACUUGUUGCUGCGAGGCAUUUGAAGCUCUUCGGCUACCAGGUCCACGUCUGGUACCCUCGCCCAACAGCCAAGCCUCUGUUUGAGGGCCUGAUGAAGCAGCUGAAGAACCAUCGCGUUCCAGUGACUUUCGAAGCGCCUCCAGGUCUGGCAGAUUUUCACUUGAUUGUCGACAGCAUCUUUGGGUUCAGCUUCAAAGGCGCUCUGCGCCCUCCCUUUGACGAGGUUUUGCAAAGGCUGAAAGCGUCAAACAUCCCAAUUCUGUCUGUCGACAUUCCCUCGGGAUGGGACGUGGAAAAGGGCAAUGUGAGAGGAGAAGGCCUGGAGCCCCAGUACCUGAUUUCGCUCACCGCGCCGAAGCUUUGCGCAAAGCAUUUCGGCAAAGUCCACUUUGUUGGAGGCCGGUUUGUGCCCGAGUCCAUGGUCGAGAAGUAUCAGCUGGUUCUGCCUGAUUACCCAGGCAUUCAGGGGGUCGUCCGUAUCGACUAA